AUGGUCAACGAGUUGGAGUGUACUCACAGGUCGGAGGCGUAUGGGCAUUUCGUAUUUCGUUAUUCGCAACCUGUGCGACUUCAUCACAGACUUUGCCACCUGCGCAGGGAGUUUUCGCAUCUUGAAGCCAGACGAGGCCAUUGCGGUUUGACGCAGCUAGUAGGAGCGAAGGAAGGUGCGUGUUGGUCUUCUCGAUCUGGCAUUCUUGCCAAGUCAGUACUUUUUGAAAUGAACCACUCCACGACAAAUACCGCCACAUACACCCUAGCCAAAUAUUCACGGUCGUAUCCUGUCAAAAGGAUUCUUCAGAAGACACAGAAUGGCGCCAAGAAUGGACCCGACACGAUGUCUGACUGGCAGCACUUCACCAACCCGCUCAUCCAACUCGUCCUCGACGUGAAAAAGACCAGUAAUGCUGAAAUUGAAUCCGUCCGCCUGCGUAUCAUCUGGCAACUUAACUCAGGAAUGAAUGGCCCUAGUUGUCAGGCGGAUGUCACUUUUGAGGACCUUGAGCUUUUGUCUUUCUCCGCAAUGAUGUCUAACCCUGUCCGCAAUCAGCAUAUGGAAGGCUUACCACUGAAAGCAGUCUAUCGUGAUACCACUGUCGGCAUUCGAUAUCUUCACGCUUUUGAGGAUGGCUUCGCACCUACCUACCGUCGCUUUCAGAUAGCCUUUCAAUCCGCAUCGGAAGCAUCUGAGUUCAUCGAAUACAUCAAGCCCGUCUGUCCUUGCAAACUCAAUCCGUCGGGUGGUCCUGUCGUGAACGCACAGGUGGUUUCUGUCCCGCAGCCGCUCCUCACCAAGCCUGUUGUCCAGAACAAGACUCGGAAUGUUGGCGGCCCAAAGCUAUUCCCUUUCGAUCGAAGCUCCACACAUACGCCUCUUCCUCCCGGUCCUCGAAUAAAUAUUCCAGCCCAGCUGAACAAGCAAAAUUCGCAUAUACCUACUACGAUGGAAUCCCAGCUGCAUCCUCUAUCUUCCUCGCCAUUCCGACAUCAACCAACCUCUGAUAUCUCGUCUACUAUUCCGCUGGAUGCCAAUAGCUCUCCUCUGAGAAUGACUGGUCAAAUGGCUCAAAUUAACUCUUCUGUACCUCUCGCGACCAACAAAUCUCUUCGUGCUUACGACUUCACCAAUUCUACAAAUCAUGUUCCAAUUUCAAGCAUUGCGACGGCCCCGAGUGUAGCCCAAAAUAUCUCGAACGUUUCAACUUUGCCACUAUCAUCCCUACCUAGGAGCUCGAGUUAUUCAUCUCAAGCGCCAGUCGGAUCCGGGGUCACUAGCAGCGAGCAAGGUGGUGCCAUUCUUCAAAAGGGCCUGCAUCUUGUCUUGUCGACGCUCUUAGAAAGUACCUCCAUCUAUGAUAUCCCCUCUUCUACGUUGGAACAGGUGGUGGCUGAGAUUAUUCGAGAAGACGGAUUUGUUGAGCUAGUGGAAAAAAUCUCAGAAAUGUUGACUAUUCGAAGAAUCGCCAAUGUAUAG